CUAUGGGCUACUUUAAGUCCCAUCUGGUCUUGGUCCUGCUCCUGUCGCUGGCUUGGGUGGCACCUAGCUGGGGGGAAGGUGAGGAAGACCAGGGCAAGGAGGUAGAGGUGCAGCAGAAGGAGGAGGUGAAAGAAAAAGAGGAGGUCAUCUCAGCUGAGCUUUUGGAAGAAGAUGAUGUCUUAGUACUCCAUCAGCACAACUUCGAUCGAGCCCUGCAUGAGCACAGGCUGCUCCUGGUGAAGUUCUAUGCCCCUUGGUGUGGGCACUGCCAGGCUCUGGCCCCCGAGUACACACAAGCUGCUGGGAUCUUGAAGAAUGAAUCCCUGGACUUGAGACUGGCCAAAGUGGAUGCGACAGAGGAAACAGUUCUAAGUGCUGAGUUUGGUAUUACUGGGUACCCUGUGCUGAAGCUCUUCCGCCCCACAGACUACACAGGUGCACGGGACUCCCAGGGCAUCGUGCUGUGGAUGAAGCGGAAGGCUGGCGCCAGUGCCACGCUGCUGCAGGACAAGGAUAGCACUGCAGAGCUCAUUGACUCCCAUGAUGUUGUUGUUGUUGGGUUCUUUAAGGAACUGCAGGGUGAAGGCGCGCAGGUAUUCUAUGAAGUUGCCAGUGAUAUUGUGGACAUCACCUUUGGGAUUACCGAGAAAGUGGAGCUUUCCCAGAAAUAUGGCAUCACCCAGGACACAGUCUGCGUCUUCAAGAAGUUUGAUGAGAAACAGACAGAUUUCCCACUGGACUCAGAGCAGAGGCUGGACAAGGAGGAGCUUUCCCGCUUCAUUGUUGUGCACAGCCUGGAGCUGGUGAUGGAAUUCACUAGCAAAACCUCAUCUAAGAUAUUUGGAGCAAAAAUCCUUAACCACCUGCUGUUGUUCAUUAACAAGACUGUGGAGUCCCAGCUGGAGAUGGUGGGGAAUUUCCGGGAAGCAGCAGCUGCUUUCAGGGGCCAGGUUCUCUUUGUGCUCAUUGAUGUCAAUGGGUAUGGGGCCAAUGUGCUACACUUCUUUGGCCUGAAGAGCCAUGAUGCUCCCACCCUGCGCUUCAUCAACAUAGAGACCAACAGGAAGUACUGCAUGGCUUCAGAGGACUUCUCGGCUCAGGCUGUGGGCUCCUUCACCCAGGAUGUGCUUGAUGGCAAAGUCAAGCCUCAUUUCAUGAGUAAGGAAAUCCCUGAGGACUGGGAUAAGCAGCCAGUUAAAGUCCUUGUGGGCAAAAACUUUGAGAAGGUGGCUUUUGAUGAGACCAAGAACGUAUUUGUGAAGUUCUAUGCUCCUUGGUGUGCACACUGCAAGGCAAUGGCAUCUGUCUGGGAGGAGCUGGGUGAGAAAUAUAAGGACCAUGAGAACAUCAUCAUUGCCAAGCUGGAUGCAACAGCCAAUGAGAUUGAGAACAUCACCAUCCAUGGCUACCCAACACUGCACUACUUCCCUGCUGGACCAGAUAGGAAGAUGAUUGAGUACAAGAGUGCCAGAGACCUGGAGACCUUCUCUAAGUUCCUGGAGAAUGGGGGCAUACUGCCCAUGGAGAAGGAGGUGGUUGAGACCCCUGAGGAUGUAAAUGGGACAAGUCCAUCAGAUGCCACUGAAGCCAGAGAUGAAUUAUAACCCCCCACCUGCACAUCCGGCUUGGAAAACCAACAGCCCAGUUCAUGGCACCUAGAAACAGAGCUUGCCCCAUGGGCAUGGACUAUAGCACCAGGGCUUAACUCACCCCAUCACUGUGUCCCCCCAGGCCUGCCCUUGUGUUCUUUGUGCCAAGGAAUGGAGUC